AAAGAUGUUCCGGUUUAAUGGAACCGGUGGUUUUUUUUACACCCGAUGGACCUCUUCCGGGUCAAACUUGCUUCGAACUUCACAAAAACCACAACAGAAGCCUGGCGCGUUAAAGUCGGAUAUAUUAACCUUCGUGCUGUCGGUACUGACUCAUUUUAGCUAACCGAAUCCGAGCUAACCGUCGGCUACAUUCAGACAUGGAGGGUUUACCACCCGGAGACCCGCAGUUGGUCUCAAUGAUCGUCAGUCAUUUAAAAACACAGGGUCUCUUCGACCAGUUCAGGAGGGACUGCCUGGCAGACGUCGACACGAAGCCAGCUUACUUGAACUUGAAACAAAGAGUGGACAACUUUGUCUCAAAUCACCUCUCUAACCACACAUGGAGCCCUCAUUUGAACAAGAACCAGCUGAGAAACAACAUCAGGCAACUCGUGCUGCAAUCUGGGAUGCUGGAGCAAGGGGUGGACAGGAUCGUGGCCCAAGUGGUGGAUCCCAAAGUCAACCACCUCUUCAGGCCACAGGUGGAGCGGGUGGUCCGUGAAUUUCUGUCACCUGGUAGCUGCUCCGAGGAGCCGCCGCUGCCACCGCCUAUAAUGGAGACCAAACCAGAUGUCAGCAUUCCUGAGCCGGCCUCGUCGUCCGCUCCGGCUACCACUUCGGCCAGCGACGCCAUGUCCAUCCUGGACACCAUAACCUCUCUCAACCAGGAGGCCAGCGUCAGGGCCAGCUCAGAUAGAGGGCGUAGAGGCCAAGACGAGCCCAUGCAACUGGUGGAGGACGGCGAGCAGGACAUGAGCCUUGACGAGGAAGGAGACGACUACCUUGACGUGAGGACACUCGAGGAUGCAGAGGAGCUGGCGGCAGAGGUCCAGACGUUCGAAGUGAAGACGGAGGACUCUCAGGAGCACGUGGAUCUGGGGAAGGAGGGGUUAAUAGAGGAGGUGAAGAUGGAAGAGGUCGAGAUGGGAGCUCAGGAGCAGACAGAGGAGGAGAGAGAGAGAGCUGCCGGCAAAACAACAGGAAAACCCACAGAAGAGAAGCAGGAGGACGAUCUGCUGAAAUCUGCGAGUCAGGCCAAGCAGAAAGCCAGAGAGAGGAUAAAGGAAGAAUACUUUUUGGAGGACUCUGACCUGGACGGCCUGAGUGACAUCACGGUGAGCUCCGUCCACACCAGCGACCUGUCGUCAUUCGAGGAACAAAGUGAAGACGACGAGCUGCCGUCUGAUUCUUCUGAAGAGGGGGAACUUCAAUCGGAUGAUCAAGAUGAGGGAGCAGAACAGAAACAAGGCAGUGGAGAAGCAGAAGAGGAGCGUAAACCUCGCCGCAAGGCUUAUGUUCAUAAGCCCUUCCUCUACUCGCGUUACUAUAGUGACUCGGAUGAUGAAAUCACUGUGGAAGAACGUCGAAGAAGUGCGGCGAAGGACAAGGAGGAAAGGCUGCUCAAGAGACAGCAGAACAGAGAGCGAAUGGAAGAGAAGCGUAAACAGAAGGCAGCGCAGGCUGAAGAACAAGAUCAGAAAAAACAAAAGGGAGGCGAUUUUGCCGGGCUGGACGGCCCCAGAGCCAAAGAGGCUCGCAAAGAAAGAAAGGUUCUGGAGAAGAAAAUGGCUCUCAAUAGGAAGAGGAAGUUAGACUCAAGGAAAGAGGGAGAUGUUUCAAGCAAAAAGAGAGGCGAUACAGAAGGAUCCAAGAAAGCGGAAGUGAAAUCUACAGCCUCAAAGGCCCCACAACCGCAAUUGUUUAAAAAUCUGUCAGAAUCUACAUCGUCUGAUGAAAGGCACAGAAGGGUGAGCGGCAGCCUCUCAGAAGACUCCAGUGACACCAAAAAGCUCUCUGACAAAGGCCGAACUCACUCCUUCAUCUUGGAGUUGGAGCAGGGAUCCCAAGAAGCUCUCAAACAGCGCUCAGUUGGGAAAUUUGAUAGGCUGUCCCGUAAAGAACUUCACUUUAAAGAACGCAAAGAGAAAGAAUGCAGCUUAUCAGAUGAACGCGCCAAACUCAAACAAAAGCAGGAGAAGAAAUCCGAACAUCAGGCAGAUGAAUCUCAGCAGAAGGAAGGUGCUGCUGCUAAAGUGACCUCUGAAGAGAAAGGUGAGAAGAAACUUAAGAUUAAAAGUGAGAAGAAAAUGACUGCAACCCCAAGAGAAGGAAAGUCGUCUUUGUCGGAAGGCGUUGCAGACGAGGGUCCAAGAGAUGCUACUGUCAAGAAGUCAAAAGCUCCGACUGUGGAGACUGUCAAAGCAGAGAAGGACAAAAGUAGAGAAAAGGAGAAAGAUAAGGAUAAGAGCAAGGAAAAGGCCAAAGGAGAGAAGAAAAUUGAUUUCAAGCAGCUGCUGCGUCCUGAUUCUGCCUGCUCUUCUGAGGAUCGGUCUGACAUGGAGCCCGGGUUCGACAGCAGCAAGAAGAAAGAUAAACACUCCAAGGAAGUCCUGAAAAGGUCAAAGAGUCACACUGAGGAAAGGCCAGGAGACAAACCCAAAUCUAAAACCGAUAAUAAAGACAGCGAGAAGGAAAAGACUAAAGCAGAUCAGGACAGCCAGAAAUCAAACAAGGCCAGCUCUGAAAUUGACAAAGAUCCAAAAAGGGCAAAGCCAACCGAUAAAGUAAGAAUCGUGGAAAAAUCAAAAUCAAAAUCAAAAGAGGAAACGAAGACUCUAUUAGCGAAGACGGAUAAUAAAGUUCAGAGUUCAGAAGUCAAGAGCACAGGAGGCACUCCCAUCAGCAAACCUGAGAAGAAGAAAGAGGGAAAUGCAAAGGAACAGCGGAAAGGCUCAGAGGAACCUCUCCAGGAGAAAUCGGAAGUUAAGAGUGGAAAGAAAAAAACUGAAAAGAAGGAUAAAGCCCCAGAAAAGAAAGAUGAUGGCCAAGAAGAGACGAAAACACCCCGAGAAGACAAACUGGAAAAGUCCGAUAAAUCUUCAAAGUCUUCAGUUUCCUCGCUGGAUGGAGAGGAGCAGCCGAAGAAACGCUCUCUUCUCCAAGACACGAGCACAGACUCCGACCCCGUCACCAUCGCCACCUCGUUCUCGGACGAUACUUGUGACGCACUGAGCGACAUCACCCCCGAGCCACCGGAAGGCGAAACCGAGUCGCAGCUGAGCGACGCGCCGGCUGAGGCCGACUCUCUGCUGGCUCUCGUGGACGCUUGCACCUCAGCAGAGGCGAGACUCGCGCCUGAGAGCAGUCGGGAGGACGCGAUGCCCGAGAUGACUCUGCAGGACGCAGAUAUGAAGAUGAAAGAGGCAGCUCUGACUCUGCUCUCCAUGGAUCCUAACAGUACAGUGUCCGCCGCCUUAAUUUGCCACGAUACCAGGAAAGAUCAAGAGGGGAAUCCGACUGCCCCACUGCAAACCACUAAAACCACUGCAGCUGAACCAGGAGAGCCUCCUAUGGAUGUGCAAACCGCUGCUGAACCAGAACCAGGAGAGCCUCCUAUGGAUGUGCAAACAGCUGCUGAACCAGAACCAGGAGAGCCUCCUAUGGAUGUGCAAACCGCUGCUGAACCAGAACCAGGAGAGCCUCCUAUGGAUGUGCAAACAGCUGCUGAAGCUGAACCAGAACCAGGAGAGCCUCCUGUGGAUCUGCAAACCGCUGCUGAAGCUGAACCAGAACCAGGAGAGCCUCUUAUGGAUGUGCAAACAGCUGCUGAAGCUGAACCAGAACCAGGAGAGCCUCCUGUGGAUGUGCAAACCGCUGCUGAAGCUGAACCAGGAGAGCCUCCUGUGGAUCUGCAAACCGCUGCUGAAGCUGAACCAGAACCAGGAGAGCCUCCUGUGGAUGUGCAAACAGCUGCUGAAGCUGAACUAGAACCAGGAGAGCCUCCUAUGGAUGUGCAAACAGCUGCUGAAGCUGAACCAGAACCAGGAGAGCCUCCUAUGGAUGUGCAAACAGCUGCUGAAGCUGAACCAGAACCAGGAGAGCCUCCUAUGGAUGUGCAAACAGCUGCUGAAGCGGAGUUUACAGCCUCUGAGCCGUCACAACAAACUGUGGACGAAAAACCAAACGCUACAGAUGUGUCUGAAAAUGCAGAGACAGAAAUGGAUGUGGCAACGGCUGAAGUAUCUCUUGCUCCACAGGAGGAUGACACCACCUCAACUGACUGUCAGGCUCUUUUAAAUGACGGUGAAGCCAAAUGUGCAGAAAUUGCUCUUGAAGCACAGCCGGAUGGAAACACGGCACCGACAGCAGAAUCGGGCAAAGAAGCUGGUGGUGCUGUUGUGUCUGAAGCAGAAGAGCUCAGAGGAACCACCGAUAAAAGCACAAUUGCAGUUGCUUCUGAAACCACUGAACAAGCCUCAGAAAUGAGCACUAAACAAGAGCAAACUGAGCCAAAUGUUACGGACACAAAGACGAGCCCAAAGGCAGAGGAAGUGGUAGCUGAGGACAACCAGGCCAAGACGGACGUAGAUGAUAGUGAAGCUGAGAGCAAGAACUCGGAGGAAGAAAAUGUUGCAACGGACAAGAUUGAUCCACAAACUAUGGAACACAAUGUCCUUCCGAAGACUGAGGAGAUCAGAGAAAGUGGAUCCGAGAGUCAGUCCAAACUGGUCAAACAAAUCAGUAAUGUCUCCAGUGCAGACAGUCAGGAGGAUGAGAAGGGAUCCAACCUGUCAGAAAAGGAAGAGAAGAUGGAGGGAAGAGGAAGACGGAAACAAAAGUUAUCCACUCAGAAAGUUGAAGCAGUAAACGAAUCUGGUGAUGAGGGGGAUGAAAGGGAAAGUAAAGCGCAACCGUCUGCUGAGGAAACGGAUCAGGAGAAGUGUGUGCAGGUCAGAACACCACGCAGGGGUCGAUCAUCUCAACCCACGGAGGAGGCAGAGACGGACCGACCCAAAGAACCUGAGAAAUUAGAGGAAACUUCCAGCAGCUUGGGAAGACGCUCGGAAGCUACUGCGAAAGAGGCCACUGCUGAUAAUCAGAAGGAUGAGAAUCAGGACAAGGAGAGUCAAGGAGUCCGUCUUCCAUCUCCUGUUCCAGAAGGCACUGAAGCUGCAGGAGGCUCUGACUCCAAAGAGACCACUGACACACGUAAACCAGCAAUGAAGAGGAAGAGAUCAGAGGAAAUGGAGGAGCCUGUGGAGGAGCCUGUGGAGGCUCAAGAGGAGCUAAAGAAGGACAACAGUCAACAGGAACAAAGUGUGGAACAAGCUGACAGGGGUGAUAAAAAGGCAGAAGAAAGCGAGCAAAAUGAUGAUGAUGAUGAUGAUGAGGAGGAUGAGGAUGAUGAUGGUGAGAAAGAGGAGGAAGAAAAAGGAACUGCAACCAGAGCGACCACACGGGCAGCAUCUCGCCUGGAGGCCGAAAGAAACAGGCCAAGUAAACCAUCCACCCGGGCAAGUCGACAGAACGGUAAAGAGGAGACCGCAGCUGGCACACGCGGGACGAGGGGCCAGGCAGCAGCGGCGGCGAAGGGGGGCCGUAAACGGGAGGCCAGCCCCCCUGCGGUGCGAACACGGGGUGGACAGAAAUCAGAGGAGCCCCCUUCCAAGAGAGCCAAACGCUAAAACCUCAGACAGCAUUGGACUGAUUCGCCGCAGCAGCGUUUUCCCUGCACACCAUAUUCAAGUCAGUUUUUGUUAGCGGGGGUGUCAAAGAGCGUCGGCAGUCGGUCGGCGCGUAAAGCCGCUUCGGCUUCAUUUACUGUAGAUAUUGAAAAGCUCUGGAAAGUAUUAUGCUCUCCCUCCUCUGAUGGUCGAGUGUAAACCUGAGGAUCCGUGGAGGAAUCCUUCUACUGCACUACGCCCAUAUGGUUUGGAUCAGACUUCAUCAUUCCUCUGCUUAUUGAGUAAUGCCCGGUGAAUCAUAGUAUUUCAGCCCAAUCAAAGGCCUAACGUGCAGCCAAGUCGUGCUUUAAGAUAAAGAGGGUGAACUGAAAUUAGAGGCCAGAGUGUGUCUUUGUUCCAAAUCCAAACACUUGUACAUAGAAAUCACUGUGAAACAUCUUCGCUUUCAUUGUGAAUAAUAUUUUUCAAUAUUCAUUCUGUGAAUGAAAGGAGUUUUCCUCCCACUUUUUUUAAGUUUGUGUUUUUAUACGUAACAUUUAAAAGGUAUGGGAAGUUUUUUUUUAUUAUUAUUUUUUAAUAACGGCAGUAUACGUCACGUUUCUCUAUAAACUGAAUUUUCUUCAUAACAUAUUUGUAACAACACGCACUGCAGACAAAAGAACUGUUUGAGGUCAUUUAGUUAUUUCUACUGUUUUUAGAGUUAACUGUUUAUCAAUCCAAUUGUGUUUUAGAUAUCUCGCCUACCUGUCAAUGUAAAGACAUGUUUUUCAUAAAUCUAAAAAUACUGAA